AUGUCUUCCGUCUCAAGCGACCGAGACGAACCGGCCCCAUUUCUGCUACAGCUCUUUUAUCGCACCGGGUCAUUUCAUACACCAGAGGACUUCUCGUCACAUACCCUGCCGUCCCAUGUAUCCGUUUAUACGGGACAGGACUGUACGCUUCAUCAGCUGGCGCUUGAACUGGCCGCAUUGAAACCAUCUGCCAUACCAACCCCGGCUGUUGGUACACGAUUAGCUUUUCAACUCGUCUGCCCUGAUCUUCGUAACAGUAACGGGAUUUCCCACGCGCCCCCGCGGUAUGCGGUCAAAGAUCUUGGCAGUAUUGUGCUUGGAGGGCAUGGACCAGGUGCAGAUCAUGAUGCCGGACUCUCUGAUACUAGUCUGGAUGAUCAGAAGACUUUAGCAGAUGCUCGAUUCGUAGUCGGUGAUUUCAUUUCGUGUGCAGUGCUCCCUCCCUUGGCUGAUGGAUCAGUCGCGCCGGUGCCCACCACUAAAAGAGAACCUAUCCCUGGGGCGCGGGACGGUCGUCCGAGUUGGCGAGGCGACUCUUCAGCUAGAAACGGCGGUUUUGGACGUGGCGGACAUCGAGGAGGACGAAGCGGCUGGAAAGAAGGGGCCGGAGGUCGCAUUCCGACUGGAGAAUGGCGGAGGGGUGAGAGGCUUCCAGAGGGUCCUGAAGGCAGGUUAAGAGAGAAAAGCAACUGGUAA